AUGAAGCGCUGCUCGAAUCGUGACCGCACUUUAGCUCUGCACUUGAGCUCGGAAAAGGACAAGAAGACCUCCCGCUCUUCCCCCCCGUCCACCUCUCUCCCCCUCCUCAGCCCGCUCCCCGGUCGACUCCCCCCGUUCCAAUUUCUCCCCCUCCUCAGCCCCCUCCCCAGUCGACUACCCUGUCAUCCUCCGUUCCCCUCCCAGUCAAUUCUCCCCGACUUCCACUGUCUCCCUCCCUCCCUCUCCUCAGCCAACUCCCACUGUCCCCCUCUCUCCCCCUCCCCAGCCUACUCCCCCAUCCGCCUCUCUCCCCCUCCUCAGCCAUCUCCCACUGUCCUCCUCCCUCCCUCUCCUCAGCCAUCUCCCACUGUCCUCCUCCCUCCCUCUCCUCAGCCAUCUCCCACUGUCCUCCUCCCUCCCUCUCCUCAGCCAACUCCCACUGUCCCCCUCUCUCCCCCUCCCCAGCCUACUCCCCCAUCCGCCUCUCUCCCCCUCCUCAGCCAUCUCCCACUGUCCUCCUCCCUCCCCCUCCUCAGCCAACUCCCACUGUCCUCCUCCCUCCCCCUCCUCAGCCAACUCCCACUGUCCUCUUCUCUCCCCCUCCUCAGCCAACUCCCACUGUCCUCCUCCCUCCCCCUCCUCAGCCAACUCCCACUGUCCUCUUCUCUCCCCCUCCCUCAUCGACUUCCACUGUCUCUCCUCUCUCCCCCUCCCCAGUCGACAACUCCGUCCUCCUUUCUCCCACUCCUCAGUCGACUACCCUGUCCUCCUCCCUUCCCCUCCCAGUCGAUUCUCCCCGUCCUCCGCUCUCUCCCUCCCCAGCCUACUCCCCCAUCCUCCUCUCUCCCCCUCCUCAGCCAACUCCCACUGUCCUCCUUCCUCCCCUCCUCAGUCAACUCCCACUGUCCUCCUCCCUCCCCCUCCUCAGCCAACUCCCACUGUCCUCCUCCCUCCCCCUCCUCAGCCAACUCCCACUGUCCUCCUUCCUCCCCCUCCUCAGCCAACUCCCACUGUCCUCCUCCCUCCCCCUCCUCAGCCAACUCCCACUGUCCUCCUCCCUCCCCCUCCUCAGCCAACUCCCACUGUCCUCUUCUCUCCCCCUCCCCAAUAGACUCCCACUGUCCUCCUCCCUCCCGCUCCUCAGCCAACUCCCACUGUCCUCUUCUCUCCCCCUCCCCAGUAGACUCCCACUGUCCUCCAUUCUCCCCACCUCCAGUUGACUCCCCCUGUGCUCCUCUCUCCCCCUCCACAGCCAACUCCCCGCGUCCUCCUCUCUCCCCCUCCCUCAUCAACUUCCACUGUCUCUCCUCUCUCCCCCUCCCCAGUGACAACUCCGUCCUCCUUUCUCCCACUCCUCAGCCAACUCCCCCAUCCUCUUCUCUCCCCCUCCUCAACCAACUCCCACUGUGCUCCUUCCUCCCCCUCCCCAGCCUACUCCCCCAUCCUCCUCUCUCCCCCUCCUCAGCCAACUCCCACUGUCCUCCUUCCUCCCCUCCUCAGCCAACUCCCACUGUCCUCCUCCCUCCCCCUCCUCAUCCAACUCCCACUGUGCUCCUCCCUCCCCCUCCUCAGCCAACUCCCACUGUCCUCCUCCCUCCCCCUCCUCAGCCAACUCCAACUUUCCUCCUCCAUCAACUGCCCCCAUCCUCUUCUCUACCCCUCCCCAGUCGACUCCCCCUGUCCACCUUCCUCCCCCUCCUCAGUUGA